ACAAAUAAACGGUGUCGUUGUAUGUUUAGGGUUGAAAUAAAGAAAAGAAGCAGCCUUCAGUCCUUCACUUUCUCCUCUUCGAACCAUGGAAGCCUUCGCACACUAAGCCCUAAGCCUGUCUUCUGCUCGCCGUCGUCCUCGUCUGUCCUCUGCUCGCGCCGUCGUCUUAGUUUGGUCGCCGAAGAUUCAUCUGGUGAUUCUGCUCGCCGCCUCAGAUCGAAGGGAAUUCACUUCGAAAUGUCAAGUACCAAUAUGGAUGUAGUGGCACAAGAUGUGGCUGCAGAAGAACAACAACAAGAACCUCUGGUGGAAGCAACUGCUAAUUUUGUUCCAGAUGAGUCCGCUUCGAUUGAAAAUAGCAACAAAUCGAGUGUGAAGAGUGUUUAUUGGCAAUACUUUACUCGAUUUCAAGAGGAAAAAGAUUGGAAGGCAAAAUGUAACCAUUGCAAAUCUGUUCUUGGAGCCAAUCCAAGAAAUGGAACUACAAAUUUGAAGAAUCACGUGCUCUACUAUUGUAAAAAGAUCAAAUUAGCAAACUCUAGGCAAUCAACAAUUGCUGAUUCAUUAUCUAAACAUGCAAGUGCUGUGGAUACUUUUGUAUUUGAUCCAUCUUAUACAAGAAGGUGUAUUGCCAAGGCCAUAUGUAUGCAUGAGUACCCUUUAUCUUUUGUGGAACAUGUUGGAAUGAAGGCAUCAAUGCAACCAACUUUUAAGGUGCCUAGUCGAAACACAAUUAAGAAGGACAUUUUUGAAAUGUAUGAGUUGGAGAAGCUUAACAUGACUAAGCUAAUGGAUGAAAAUGAUAGUCGAGUAGCAGUUACAACCGACAUGUGAACUUCCAACCAAGAAAAAGGAUACAUGGUUGUCACGGCACACUACAUUGAUAGUUCACGGAUUUUGCAAAUGCGCAUAUUAAGUUUUACUUAUGUUCCCGCUCCUCAUACGAGUGAAGUGCUCUCGAAUGCAUUAAUGAAAGUUUUGUUAGAGUGGAACAUAGAUAGAAAAUUGUCAACUAUUACAUUGGAUAAUUGCUCUACUAAUGAUGCUAUGGUUGAUGAGUUGUUGGGGCGCUUAGAUUCAAAAUAUUUGUUGUUAGGGAGUUCCAUAUUGCAUAUGCGUUGUUGUGCUCAUAUUUUGAACCUAAUUGUGAAAGAUGGUCUAAAUUUGGUUAAGGAGAGUGUGGAAAAAAUUCGUGGCAGUGUGGUGUAUUAGACUUCAACCCCUAAAAGACAUGAAAUCUUUGUGAGUUGGUGUAAUAAGUCAAAUAUUCAAUUUACAAAAAAAUUAGCUCUUGAUUGUCCAACUAGAUGGAACUCCACUUAUGUGAUGUUAGAGACUGCAUGGUUGUAUCGAAAUGUGUUUCCUUGAUUAAGACAAAAAGAUCCUAAUUACAAAAGUUUUCCAAGCAAUGAGGAGUGGGACCUUGCUAAAGAAAUUUGUGGUAAAUUAGAGUUGUUUUAUGAUGUGACACAAUUAUUUUCUGGUACUCAAGUUCCAACAGCCAACAUUUAUUUUAACAAAGUAUGUGAUAUAAAUGUUGCCUUGAAAAAAUGAUCUGCAUCUCCAAAUCCACUGAUUAGUAAUAUGGCAUGUAGUAUGAGGGUAAAAUUUGAUAAGUAUUGGGAAGAAAUUCAUGGCAUGAUGGGUGUUGCUGUCAUUCUAGAUCCUAGGUAUAAGUUUGUUAGGCUUGAGUAUAAAUUCUCAAUAUUAUGUCAAAAUCAAGAUGAGUGCUUAAGUAAGAUUGAGAGGAUCAAACAGAUAUGCUAUGACUUGCUUCAUGAGUACCAACAAAAUCCGUCUAAUUCAAGUAAUGUAUUUGAGGAUUCUACACAAGAGCUACAGAUGAAUGCAGAGCAAGAUGAUGAUGAUGCUUACCAGUUGUAUAUUAGACAAAAGAAGAGAGAAAAUGCUUCAUUUGUGAAGACUGAAUUUGAUUAUUACAUAGAGGAAUAUGUUCAUCCUUUGAGUGCCGACUUUGAUAUUUUAUCUUGGUGGAAAGUGAAUGGAGCUAGAUUUCCAACACUUCAAAAAAUUGCGAGAGAUAUAUUUGCUAUCCCUGUAUCUACAGUUGCUUCUGAGUCUUCUUUUAACACAAGUGGUCGAGUAAUUGCUCCUCAUCGUGGUAGUCUUCAUGAAGAUACUGUGGAAGCUCUUAUGUGUAAUCAAAACUGGUUGUGGGCAGCAUAUCGUCAAAGAGGUGGAAAACCUGAUUAUCAAACUGCAAAUGAUGAUGAUGAUGCUGUAUCUGAAGGCAUAGACUAGUGACGGUGUUGUUGCAACAAAUGGAAUGCUCAUGGAGACAUGAAAUUAAAUAAUUUUAUUUAUGUUUAUGUUAUUUACUUAGACAAAGACUUUUAUGUGUAAUUUAAUAUUUGAUGGUUAUAUUGUGUAUGAGAUACUUGUGUUAUUUGUGGGAUAAUUUAUGUUGUUUG